AAAUAGUGAACACUUCCAUAGUAUCAAACCACGAGCAUUUCUCUCAUUUGCCAAAUCAAAUACAAUACAAUUUGUUUAUCAGAGAAAAUUAUCAAAGAUGUUUUCAGGUGUAACAGGUAUCAUCAACAGGGGUCAGAAGCUGAAGGGAACAGUGGUGUUGAUGCAAAAGAAUGUUUUGGACAUUAAUGAACUCACAGCUGUUAAAAGUCCAACUGGUAUAAUUGGUGGUGCCUUUGGUGCUAUUGGUGGUGCCAUUGGCUCUGUUGUUGACACUGCCACUUCCUUUUUGGGUCGUUCUGUUGCUUUUAAAUUGAUUAGUGCUACCACUGCUGAUGGAAGUGGAAAAGGGAAAGUAGGAAAGCAAACAUUUUUGGAAGGUCUUCUUACCUCCAUACCAACAUUGGGAGACAAACAAUCUGCUUAUAGGAUUCAUUUUGAAUGGGACAAUGACAUGGGAAUUCCUGGAGCAUUUUAUGUCGAAAAUUUCAUGCAACAUGAAUUCUUCCUUGUGAGUUUGACUCUAGAAGAUAUUCCAAACCAUGGAUCGAUCACCUUUGUUUGCAACUCAUGGGUUUACAAUGAUAAUAAGUACAAAAGUCAUCGCAUCUUUUUUGCUAACAAGACAUACCUUCCAAGUCAAACACCGUCCCCAUUAGUUUACUAUAGACAAGAAGAAUUGAAAACUUUAAGAGGAGAUGGAACUGGAGAGCGUAAAGAAUGGGAAAGAAUAUAUGAUUAUGAUGUCUACAAUGAUUUGGGUGAACCAGACAAGAAAGCUACCUUGGCUCGUCCAGUUCUUGGAGGAUCUAGUACCUUGCCAUAUCCUCGAAGAGGCAGAACAGGCAGAAAACCAGCUAAGAAAGAUCCUAAGAGUGAGAGUCGGAGCGACUUUGUUUAUCUUCCAAGAGAUGAAUCAUUUGGCCAUGCAAAGUCAUCUGACUUUCUUAUUUACAUACUCAAAUCAGCAACUCAAAAUAUCAUACCCAAUUUACGUUCGGUAGUUACAUUACAAUUAAAUCAGCCCGAAUUUAACACCUUUGAAGAUGUGCGUUCACUAUAUGACGGUGGAAUUAAGCUGCCUACUAAUGUACUUAGCGAGAUAAGCCCAAUACCAUUGUUUAAGGAAAUUUUUCGCACUGAUGGUGAAUCAGCCCUUAAGUUUUCGCCACCUAAAGUGGUUGAAGUGGAUCAUUCUGCUUGGAUGACUGAUGAGGAAUUUGCAAGGGAGAUGAUUGCUGGUGUGAAUCCACACAUCAUCAAAAAACUUUCGGAGUUCCCACCAAAGAGCAAACUAGAUAGCCAACUCUAUGGUAAUAAUACCAGCACAAUAACUAAAGAACACUUAGAGCCAAACAUGGGUGGAGUCACUGUAGAGCAGGCUAUCCAAAACAACCUUCUAUACAUACUUGAUCACCAUGACACAAUCUUUCCUUAUUUGAGGAAAAUAAAUGCAACUGAGACAAAGGCCUAUGCAACUAGAACCGUCCUUUUCUUGCAAAAUAAUGGAACUUUGAAGCCACUUGCCAUUGAGCUAAGUAAGCCACAUCCUCAAGGUGAUAGUAACGGUCCUGUUAGUGAUGUUUAUUUGCCAGCAAGUGAAGGUGUUGAAGGUUCUAUUUGGUUACUUGCUAAGGCUUUUGUAGUUGUAAAUGACUCAUGCUUUCACCAACUUGUCAGUCAUUGGUUAAACACUCAUGCUGUUGUUGAACCGUUCAUCAUAGCCACAAACAGACAUCUUAGUGUGGUUCACCCUAUUCACAAACUUUUACUUCCACACUAUCGUGAUACAAUGAACAUAAAUUCACUUGCACGAAAUGUCCUUGUCAAUGCUGAGGGUAUUAUAGAAUCAACAUUCUUGUGGGGAGGAUAUGCUUUGGAAAUGUCUGCUGUUGUUUACAAGGAUUGGGUUUUCACUGAGCAAGGACUACCUAAUGACCUACUCAAAAGAGGAGUGGCUGUUGAGGAUGCAACUUCACCACAUGGCAUUCGUCUUUUGAUAGAGGACUAUCCAUAUGCUUCUGAUGGACUAGAAAUAUGGGCUGCUAUCAAGUCAUGGGUUGAAGAAUAUGUGAAUUUUUACUACAAGUCAGAUGAUGCUAUUGCACAAGAUUCUGAACUCCAAGCAUUUUGGAAAGAACUUGUUGAGGUUGGUCAUGGUGACUUGAAGAAUGCAACAUGGUGGUUUAAGAUGCAAACUCGUAAAGAGUUGAUUGAAGCUUGCACUAUUCUCAUAUGGAUUGCUUCAGCACUUCAUGCAGCUGUUAAUUUUGGACAAUAUCCAUAUGGAGGAUAUAUCCUUAACCGACCAACUAAAAGUAGGAGAUAUAUGCCUGAGAAAGGAUCCCCUGAGUAUGAUGAACUUGCUAAGAACUACCAAAAAGUGUAUUUGAGGACAAUAACACCAAAGAAUGACACCCUUACUGACCUGACCAUUAUAGAGGUCUUGUCAAGGCAUGCUUCUGAUGAGCAAUACCUUGGACAGAGAAUUGAAGGCGACCUUUGGACUUCUGACUCAAAACCAGUAGAGGCCUUCAAGAAAUUUGGAAGUAAAUUGGCUGAAAUUGAGCAAAAGCUCAUUCAAAGGAACAAAGAUGAGUCAUUGAGAAACCGAUAUGGGCCUGUGAAGAUGCCAUACACUUUGCUUUAUCCUUCUAGUGAGGAAGGAUUGACUUUCAGAGGUAUUCCUAAUAGUGUCUCCAUCUAAAAAGGUCAUGGUUGUUGUGUGGUUGCUAUGAAUAAAAUAUGAGAAUAAUUGAAUUCCUUCUCCUGCUAUGUAUGGUCAUGUUUUUAUGUAUGCUUGGUUGAUUGUAAUAAUGUCUUUCCUCAAUAAAAACUUCUAUGUUUGUAAUUGUACCUUGUAUUGUGAUGGAGCUAUUAUAUAAAAUGCAAACUUCAUAUUUUGAGUGAAUGAAUUA